AUGUUUUUGUUCACAGAUUUGACAAAUCAAGUAGAGACAGUUGGGCUGAAGCUGCAGAAGGUGACAGCGGAGAUGGACCACUACAAAAAGCUGUUAACGGUGAAGUCAACGGAACUUGAUGUCUGUCAAAAUGAACUGAAAAAAAUGAAAUAUGAAAAUGGAAUUUCUGAGUCAAGACUUACAAAAGAGCUCAAGGAAAAGGAAGAAUCUCUUCAGAUUUGCCAACAAGUAUGCAAGCAUUUACAGGAAGAAGUGGCUGAGAAAGAAAGGAAAGAAGAAGAUCUAAGAAGAAGAACCAGUCGGUCAGAAAGUGAACUGGAAGCACUUCAAGCUCUUCUUAGACAAACAGAGGAAGAGGUGGUGACGUUGAAACAGGAAAGGGAGUUAAUGCUGAUUUCUCAUCAGAACACAACAGAGCAGCUGCAGGAAACAUUAAGACAGAAGAUGCGGAACGAAGAUAACUGGAGGGAGAAGAUGGAGAUCGACCUGGCUAAAGGGGAGGCACGGCACAAGGAGGCAAUUCUGAAGGUCAGGGAGGAGGCGAGAGUGGAACUAGACAUCGAAAGACAAAGGCAGCAAGAAUUGAUCACAAAAUAUCAGAGGGAUCACGAAGAGCUCCAGAAGAAGAUCCCAGGUUUAAUAUCCAGUGCCACCAAUAGCUUAAGGAUGGAGACAGAAAUUCUUGAAAAGAAGCUACAAGAUGCCCAGAUCAAACUUGCAGAGAAAGACGAAGAUAAGGAAAAAGAAAUUCAGAGCCUUAAAAGACUAAUUACUGAACUUGAAUUUCAGCUGGCGAUGGAAAAGAACAGUAAUGAAUCAUUUCUGGAUAAUAUGAGGAAAGAAAUUAAACACAAGUCAGAUGAACUGGAAAAAUUAACCCGGGAGCGGACACAGCUGAUUCACAAUUUGAGUGAAGUUCAAGAGGAGAACACUCUUCUCCAGGAGACGGUGCGCAGAGAGUGCGAGGAACGCGGCGAGCUGACUGCAGCCCUGACUCAAGCCAGGGAACAAGUGCUGGAACUCAAAAAACUCAGCGGAAACUUCCCGUUAUCGCCGCGUUCCCUGGCUCGGGGCAGCCUAACCUCC